CCUCAUUCCGAAUAGCAGAGCCAGAUUGGAAGGUCCACAUCGCCAUCAAUAACAAUGUCUGACCAGUUGACAGAAGAACAAAUAGCAGAGUUUAAAGAGGCGUUCAGCCUGUUUGACAAAGACUGUGAUGGAAUCAUUACGACCAAAGAGUUGGGGACAGUGAUGAGGUCACUAGGUCAGAACCCAACGGAGGCUGAGGUACAGGACAUGAUCAACGAGGUGGACACAGAUGGAAACGGUACAAUAGAUUUUCCGGAGUUUCUUUUGAUGAUGGCACGGAAGAUGAAAAAUACCGAGUCAAACGAAGAGAUACGAGAGGCAUUUCGAGUGUUCGACAAAGAUGGAAAUGGCUGCAUCAGCGCGGCGGAAUUACGACAUGUGAUGACAAAUCUCGGCGAAAAGCUUACGGAUACGGAAGUUGACGAGAUGAUCCGAGAAGCAGACAUUGAUGGCGAUGGUCAGGUGAAUUACGAAGAGUUCAAAGAGGCAUUCAGCCUUUUCGACAAAGAUGGCGACGGUACCAUAACAACCAAAGAGUUGGGGACAGUGAUGAGGUCACUAGGUCAGAACCCGACGGAAGCUGAGUUACAGGACAUGAUCAACGAGGUGGACGCUGAUGGAAACGGCACAAUUGACUUUCCCGAAUUUCUAACAAUGAUGGCACGAAAGAUGAAGGACAGUGAUAGUGAAGAUGAACUGAGAGAGGCGUUUAAAGUGUUUGAUAAAGACGGAAAUGGUUUUAUCAGUGCAGCUGAAUUACGACAUGUCAUGACAAAUUUAGGAGAAAAACUAACAGACGAGGAAGUUGAUGAAAUGAUCCGAGAAGCUGACAUCGAUGGUGAUGGACAAGUCAACUACGAAGAAUUCGUGAAUAUGAUGAUAGCGAAGUAGGCAGGAAUUCUGCCCAUAUUACCCAGUCCUCGUACCAUUUCUGACGUCAUCCUCAUUUCCUCUUGGUGCAAUAAUCCGCUUCCAUCAAACCAUGCAGCAACUGAGGUUUUCUCAAGAUAUUAACACACCACUGAAAUAUUACAUUGUUAUUUAUGUAUGAAACAAUCGCAUUUUUUAUAUUAAAAUAUAUUUUUCCAUG